UAUGACAAAACUGUUCAUAUCGGUUGGAAGGUUUUAAAUGAGAGCGGCCCAGAAGCAGCAGCCGACACCUGUCAAGAGGGACAUAAUUAUUGCUGAUAAUUCCUUACCUGUUUCAACAUUUUUAUAGGAAAAGGAGCAGUGUUAUGUGACCUGUAUGCUUCAAAAAAGGAUAAUAAUAUUUAUUCCAAAAACCCGAGUGAAAACGUACAGAAAUGGCAGGAAACUAUUACUUUGUGGUUGUUGGUCACCAUGACAACCCUGUGUUUGAAAUGGAUUUCGUUCCUCAAAGCAGAGCCAAUGAACCCAAGAAGGAUGACCAUCGUCAUUUGAACCAGUUUGUAGCCCAUGAAGCCCUGGACCUUGUGGAUGAACAGAUGUGGACCACUAACAAUAUGUACCUCAAAAUUGUAGACAAAUUCAAUGAGUGGUUUGUCUCGGCUUUCGUCACAGCAAGUCGGAUGAGGUUUAUGAUGUUGCAUGAUACGAAAAAUGAAGAUGGAAUUCGAAAUUUCUUUACGGAAAUGUAUGAGAUUUACAUCAAACAUUCCAUGAAUCCAUUCUACGAAACAAACAAGCCUAUCGAGUCGCCAGCUUUUGAAAAGAAAUGCCAGUUAUUUGGAAGACGAUAUUUAAUUGGAUAAGAGAUUUGUGAAUGAAAAAUUGAAUAAAAUCAUUUUAAUGAGAAUGGUGUAAAUGAUCUGGUCGAUAGUGGGUUAGAGAGUGUAAUGGAUGUUACGAUUGAUUGACACUGUUCUGAUUUUGGUAUGAUUCUGAGUGUAAAUGUUUUGUGAGGUGUUUUGUUUACAUUUUAGAUCAUGUAUAAAUUAUUUGAUGUUGUAUACAUGUGAAGAAAACUAGAGAGAUGCAUAGCAUAAAGGUGAAGCAAAUCUCAAUCUCCAUAGGACAAGUAAGAACAUUUCUAUCUGUAGAUCCCCAGUGUGAGCUGGUCCUGGUAGGAGGCCAAUAGGGGGAAAGUCUCCCAGUGGAAAAUUGAGUUUGCUAUUUUUGAGAUCCACCCCCACCCCCCACCCCCGAGUCAUUUUUCAGAGUGUAAUCAUAUAUUUGAAUUCUACCAUACAUAAUCAUUCCAAAUGAUCAAGGAAGGAUCCCAUUGAAUUUGAAGUGGGGGUUUAUGUAAACAGUAUUGUGACUUUGAAAGGUUCACUGCUACUGUUUGAAUAUGCCUAGCUGCAUGCUUGCUAUCGAUUGUACAUCUGGCUAUACACACUAAUGCUAGAAAAUUAAGUUACAUCUGUUCAUAGACCUGCUUAUCUAAACAAAACCGAAGGUAAAUUUCAUAUUUAUAAGAAUAUUAAAAUUCCAAACUGAAACUGACACUAAAUGGAAAGCGAUUCUAGAUAGUGAUUCAUAUGCAUUUUGUAUAAGGUAAAAUUUUCAUAUUUUAUAAGAAUAUUAAAAUUCACAACUGACACUAAAUGAAAGGGGAUUAUAUAAAGAUAACGAUAUAAUUUUUGUUGUUGUAAAUUUCAAGAUAUAUCUCAUAAAUCACAUUUUGAAACGACUCGAAAGGUUAUCAGGCUUUGACCAAAUGCAGGUCCUAGGUUUAUACCGAGAUUCAAAUUUACAUAAGCUAAACAGAUUCAUGUCUACAUUCUCAACUGGUCAUUUUGUUAUUCAGUCUACACUAAGCAAAUGCAAGAAAGCUUGGAUUUUCCGUAGUCACUUGUGGUCUCGAUAAUGUUUUGUUAUUUAUUAUCAUUGCUCCGACAGCCUAGUAGUUCUAUGUUCAAUGACGACAAGGUAAAGACAUGCAGUCUUAUUACUCAACACAUUCAAGAAUAGGUAUCAUAAGAGAAUGAUAAGUUGAAGUAAGAUAUAUUUGAAUAAAUUAAUGUGUCAAAUGUAAAA